AUGAAUGAAGAAGCCUGCGAACAACUUCAAACUUUGUGGGAUGAACUUGAGAUGAGCAGAUUGGAUUUGAGUUGGCUGGAACCUCAUGUUAAAUCUGCUUUGAAUAUGAAACAAUAUCUGGAGAAGGCAACAAAGGUGAAACAGCUAAAACAAGACUUGCUGAUCUUGGAAAGGGAAAUUAACGCAAUGAAAGAAAAUCUUGCUGAAACAGAGCAAGCCUUUGAAAUGACAAGGGCAAAUUUAAUCAAAGAACAAUUAGGCUUCGGCUUUCAGGAGAAAGACUUGAAUACUGAAAUUGGUUAUGGGAAACCCGAGCUCUAUAUAUAA